AUCUUUGACAUGCCCAACUUGUAGAGGUUCGAAUUGUGACCAAGAAGUGGAAGAGAUGGAAUGUAAUCGACAUUCUUUACCUUUGCCUGGAGUAUACAAAAAGGACAAAAUUGCAUCAGCUGAUAAAGAGUAUAGAUGUUUGAAUUUGAAAUAUGGACCUGAUAAUGAUGUGACUGAAAUGAAGCAAUGCGUUGAAGUAGAAGUUGGUGAAGAUAUAUGCAAAUAUCUCAGUGAGCACCUGAAUGUAAAGGAGUGUUCAGCGCCCAGAAAUUAUUUAAUGGGUGGGUUGGCAGGCUCAAAUAAAAUAUCGGGUAUAACUGAACCUGAUUCAUCGGCUACAAAUGAAACUACUUCACUGGCUACGACUGAAACUGUUUCAUCGACUACAACUAAAACUGAUUCAUCGACUACAACUGAAACUGAUUCAUCGACUACAAAUGAAACUACUCCAUCAGCUACAACUAAAAAUGCUUCAUCGGCUACAACUAAAAAUGCUUCAUCGGCUACAACUAAAACUCCAUCGUCCACUACCCAGAAACCUAAUAGUUCUGGAAUUCAUACAUCAUCAGUAUUGACAUUGAUGACGGCAGUACUUGUUUGGAUUCAUUUAUAAUUGAUAUAUUAAUAAUUAUGGAAUACAACACAGAAGAUUUCAUUUCUGAAUAUGUCUUCUAGAAUAUUUUAGCAACAGUGCAUCAGAUAAAUAGUACCAGAUAUUGCAGUUUGAUUAUUGUUUCUUAGGGGAAUUGGAAUAUAAAUCACAGAACUGUGCAGGUAACUAUCCAAAAGGCCUGGCCCUGAUGCCUCAGUUUUAAUUGUUUUCGCCAAAAUUUCAAAGUUUAAUUAUUUGCUGUAGCACCUAUUUUGUAAUAAAAAGUAUCUCUGAAA